GUUGUCUCUGCCUAUAUGUGAAAAUCACUUAAAACUAUAAUAUUGGUUUUCUGUCUUUCCUAUUAGCUUUACAAAAAUUUCUGUAUUUAUCCCUCCAAACAAUUAGUUGAGUUUCAGCUUUCAAAUAUAAAAAACAGAUGCAUAGACUUUUUCAGCCUAAAAGAGUAUAUACCCAAUCAGCCACCCAAAAACCCAACAAAAACGAAUCCGGGUUUCUUCUAUAAAACUCCCGUUUAAUUUAAGAGAUUACUUAUACAAACCAUCUUCUUUACCAACGUUCAUUUCCCCUCUCUCUCUCUCUCUCUCUAUCUCACUUCACCAUCAUGAAUAUCCUAUUCACUAUUUUCCUGCUUCUCAUCCCAGUCUUCUUUCUCCUCACAAGAUGGAGAAGAUCAUCCAAAAGACUGCCUCCAGGUCCACUAGGAAUACCUAUUAUUGGCCAAAGCAUUGGAUUUCUUCGAGCCAUGCGUGCCAAUUCAGCAGAAGAAUGGCUGCAACAAAGAGUUAGAAAGCAUGGUCCAAUUUCAAAGCUAACCCUCUUUGGAAAACCCACAGUUUUCAUUCAUGGACAGGCUGCGAACAAGUUUGUCUUCAAUGGUGACAGCAGCAUGAUUGCAAACCAGCAAAAUGAGUCUAUUAGGAUGAUUUUGGGCGACAGAAAUCUAACAGAACUGAGUGGUAACGACCAUAAACGUGUUAGAGAUGCACUUUUAUUGUUCUUGAAGCCAGAGUCGCUGAAGCAGUAUGUGGGAAAAAUGGAUGGAGAAGACAGGAAGCACCUUGAGAUGCAUUGGAAUGGCAAGCAACAAGUAACAGUCCUGCCACUGAUGAAGAUCCUCACAUUCAACAUGAUAUGCUCUCUUCUUUUUGGGAUUGAGAAAGGAGCACGCAGAGACAAAUUUUUGGAGUGUUUUAAACAAAUGAUAGAAGGAAUGUGGUCAGUGCCUCUAAACUUGCCUUUCACACGCUACAAACGUGGCCUCAAGGCAAGCAUAACGGUACAAAAAAUGUUGAAGGAAUUUAUAGAAGAGAAAAGAAAGGAACUCAAACAGGGAAAUCCUUCCCAACGGAAAGACCUCAUCUCUUGUCUGCUUAGCAUGCGAAAUGAAGACAAUGAAGAAGUACUUACUGAGAAGGAGAUUAUCCACAAUGUUAUGCUAGCCAUGGCUGCUGGGUAUGAUACUACAUCAGUUCUGCUCACUUUCAUUGUGCGGUUUCUAGCUAAUGAACCAGCCAUUUAUGCAGCUGUUGUUCAAGAGCAGGAAGAGAUAGCAAAUAGCAAGCCUUCAGGAGAGUUUCUGACAUGGGAGGACCUUGCUAAGAUGAAGUACACAUGGACGGUAGCAAUGGAGACUCUGAGGAUGGUUCCUCCUGUCUUUGGUGGCUUUAGGAAGGCUGUGAAGGAUAUCGAAUAUGGUGGUUACCUAAUCCCCGAAGGAUGGCAAAUAUUCUGGGCUUCAUCAAUGACUCAUAUGGAAACUAGCAUAUUCCCAGAACCAUCAAAAUUUGAUCCCAGUAGAUUCGAGAAACAAUCACCCGUACCACCCUAUUGUUUUGUUGCAUUUGGAGGAGGACCACGGAUAUGCCCUGGAAAUGAGUUUGCAAGGAUUGAAACUCUAGUUGCAAUCCAUCAUCUGGUCACUCAGUUCAAUUGGAAGCUACUAGCAGACAGUUCUUUUUGCAGGGAUCCAGCACCAGUGCCAGCACAAGGAUUACCCCUUCAAAUCACGUCAAAGAAAAACUACUAAAAUUGGUUUCUGGGUUACUUAUCAUUAAUGCCUCAUUUUGUGGUCCAAAUUCUCAAUCCAAAAUUCCAAAUGGAAGAAGUCAAGCAUCAACCAUGUUAGUUUCUCUUAAAUAAUCUCCCAAAAUUUGAUGGUAUUCCAUAUUCAAGAUUGGCAGCCUGGACACAAGCUUAAAAAGUUUGGAAGCAUUGUAUAAAUUAAGGAAAUAAAAUACAUCACAAUUUCUAUCAUGAACAUUGUACAAUAAUUUUAAGUCCUCCAUUUGUACCAAGAAACAUAUUUACAAUCGACACCGAUGAAUUUUUCAUUGUGGCAUC